GUCGACUUCGGUGAUAUUUUCAUUCCAUUGGAUUUAGACGUACCAAAGCCUCGAGUUUUGCCUGAAUUUUCAAGACUGGCCCAUGGUCUUCGUAGCGGUAAUAUCAGCAUCCUUGAUAGCAAAACCAUCUACAUUCCCAAUUUGCAUUAUGACGGUGCUGGUCCAGAUGCCUAUUUUUGGGUUGGAAAUGGCUCCGAGCCACAUAUUUUGGGCGUUAAAGUACCCAACGAAGUAGGAAGUUUGGAACCUUUAAGAGGAUAUCAAGGGGAAGACAUAGAGAUUGUUCUCCCAGAUAAUUUGACCGCCCAUGAUAUCGACUGGUUAGCUGUAUGGUGUGUCCAAUACAAGCAAAACUUUGGACAUGUUCUAAUACCAAAGGAUCUCGACAUACCUCCUGCUCUUGGCCAAACGAAAAUCACGCCGCACUGGUGGUACAAACCGACGAGCAGUACGUCCGAACCGGCUACGUCCAAACAAGGAUUAAGCAAUUGCAAGGAGUUGCUCGAAGGACGUGUACAGGUGCAAUGGGAGUUGAUUGGUGACGACGUGCAGAUUCAAGUUUCAGGUCGUAUCAAGGAGGACCAAUAUGUAGCGUUCGGUCUAUCCGGUGAACAGGAUAAGCCUGAAAUGCUCGGUGGCGAUGUCGUUGUUGUAGCUUACAACAAGAAGACAGGGAAAUUUAUUGCCGAGGAUUAUUACAUGUCCGAUAUUUCUCAAUGCGAUGGGAAAAAGGGUGUAUGUCCUGACGAAAGAGUUGGUGGUAAAAACGAUGCUAUCUUUUUGCACGGUGAAAGAAGGAACGGCAUAACAACAGUAACUUAUAUGCGACCCUUACGCACGAACGAACCUGAAAAAGACAGAAUGAUUCCUGAAUCCGAGACCAGCGUAAUUGCUGCUAUUGGUCCUCUCAAUUCAAGGGGAGAAGCCAAUGCUCAUCAAGCUUUCGACGUGACUACCGAGGAUAUACGUAUCGACUUUACGUCGAAAAAUGUCCACGAGUGUACUAAUUCCCUAUACAACAUCCCCGACAUGUCUGACAUUGAACCCUGGCCACAAGCCGUGAUCGACAAUGAAGAUACCUUCAGUGCUAGGAUUGGACCAACCGGUGGAAUGAGAGGAUAUUCGCGUAUAACGGGUCAACCUUCGUGGGGUAUCGCGUGGUAUAUCAAUGAUCUAUUAAUACCAAAGAUCACUGUUGAAAGAGGAAAAGCCUACACAUUUAUCGUAGAAGGUGGUAAUGAUCCUACUAAUCCGGCCAGAUAUCAUCCAUUUUACAUAACCGACAGUCCUGAAGGUGGUUUUGGACAAAAAACUGAACCUCAACAAAGACAACAAAAAGUGUUUGCUGGUGUUGCAUAUGAUAAUGAUGGAUAUCCUUAUCCAACUGCAGCUGGUCGUUAUUGUGAAUGGGUUCAUAAGACGAUAGACAAAAGUAAAGAAUCGGAAACGUUCAAAAUCUUUUUCCAAACAUUAAGACUGGAAUGUGAUGAGGGUGAUCCUGCUAAACUCGAAUGGAUCGUACCAGCAGAUGCACCAGAUCUAUUAUAUUAUCAGUGUUACACGCACAACAAUCUCGGUUGGAAGAUAAACGUAAUCAACCCCGGUGAUAGACCUCAAAUAAAUGGAAGUGGCUUGAAGAAACAUGCUUCGAUAUCGACAAUAAUAAUCGCCUUUAUCGUCGCCGUCGCAUUUGCGUUCUUAAGAUGAAUCAAAAACGAAUCAAUUCGCCGUUCCUUAUAUAUUUUCUUUAAGGCGUUAUUGCUCUCGUGGUAAUAAGAAUAAUAAUAAGAGAAAGAAAAAGAAAAAUAUAGGAAAAAUUCAUCGGAAUUAAUAAUGAAUAAUAACAAUAAAGCAAAUAAAAAGAGAGAUAGAGAGAGAGAGAGAAAAGAAGCACGAGAGAAAAAUUGUAAAACAAAUAAACAAACAAACAAGCAAACAAAACAAAAAAAGAAACACGAUACAAGGUUGUAAGAAAGUAUUUAGCAUGUAAGAGAUUUCAUUGUAUACAAAACAGAUUAGAGAAGUAUUUUUAAGACCUAUCAGAUUCAAUAUUUCGUAUUAUACGAUAUACAUACAUAUGUGUAUAUAUACAUAUAUACAUACAUAUAUAUAUAUAUAUAUAUAUAUAUAUAUAUAUACAUUCAAGACAAUAUCAACAUAUAUAUAUAUAUAUAUAUACAUAUAAAAAUAUAAAGAAACGAAGAUGAAAGAGGAAGAAAAUUCUGACAAUAAGAUCGAUCCUGAGAAUAUUAGAAAAUAUUGACAAUAAUAAAUAAAUGACGCGACGGACAAUAAUACAGUCGUUGAUAAUAUCUGGACAAUAAUAAUAACGAAAGAAAACAUUCCUUUCGUAUGGAAGUAUCGUUGAUGGCUCUUUAACAGAAAAAAAAUAUAUAUACAUACAUACGUACAUAUACAUACACACAAUCAAACAUAUAUACACACACGAUACUUCAAAUAAUGCAUACAUGAGUAUCCAUCAUGUAUGACUGACCGAUAUUACGUAUUGAUAUACAUAAAUACUAUAUACAUAAAUAAUAACUGAUCAUAUAGAGAUAAACGCGAUCGGGUUGUUAACUGGAGUGAUCGGUCAUAUAUAAAUAAAUAAAUAAAUAAAUAAAUAAAUACGUAUAUACAUACAUGCAUACAUACUUACCAUACAAACAUACAUAAACACACACACACACACAAACACAUAUCUCUGUACAAUGUAAAUUUUGCACAAAGCUAUAUAGUUGGAUUUAACGUAAAUAUACAUCAUUAUCAUUAUCAUCGAUUUAACUCGUAGUAGCGUUUAAGAAAUAUACAUUUAUAAAUGCUGUCGACUUGACAAUAAUUCGUAGGAUAGCCAAUCGAGACGAGAUCGGAUUUAAAUAAGAAAUGAAGGUGGAUGAGAAUUGCACAAGAAAAUAAUGAAAAUAAUGAACUUUAAAAUAAGGAACUAUUUUUACUUUUUUAUUACAUAUUUUUUUUUUUUAUUUUUCUCUUUUAAUUUCUAUUUUCUUCGCGGGAGGGCAGGUGGGAGGGGAAACGCGGGAGCUGGGGUAAGUCUAAUUAAAAAACUUAACUCCCACUUAACGUAUAAUAUACUAUAACGUAUAGACAGGAUAUAAUAUAAAUAUAUACAUAUAUAUACAUACAUAUAUAUAUAUAUAUAUAUAUAUAUAUAUAUAUAUAUGUAUAUAGACAUAAAAAAAAACUAUGGAGCGGACCUUCCUACAACGGAAUGAAAGUAUAAAAUGUGCCUUGGGUGCAGAUAAUAAUAACAAAAAGAGAAAAACAAAAAACAAAAAAAAAAAUAACAAACAAUGAAAGAAACAGAAAGCAAGAAGAAAGAAAGAAAAAAAAAUUUAUGCUUAUUCAUUUGAAUUAGGAUUCACUCGGACAGGAGAUACCCUGCAGUACUUAGGAACUGGUUUCUUGUGUACGUGAGAAAAGCAAGAGCACGCGUUUAAAUUAUACCGUCUUUCUAUUAUAAUAUAUUAUAAAAAAAAAAAAAAAAAGUGGUUUACCUGCGGUGAGGUCAAUAAAUAUAUAAAUAAAUAAAGAAAGAAAGAAAGAAAGAAAAGAAGAAAGAAAGGAAGAAAUGAAAAAAUUACAAAAAUGCGCACAACGAGUAUGUAUUAAACCAUUUAAUGAUGAAGCCACGCCGAGCUCGUACGAUCAAAUCGUACAAUAUUGCCGGCUACCGAAGAAAAUCUAUCUUUUUCUUCAGAUGAACGAAAAAAAAAAACAAAACAAAAAAAAAUAAGCAAAGAAUAAAUAAAUAAAUAAAUAAAUAAAUAAAUAAAUAAAUAAAUAAAUAAAUAAAUAGAUGAAAGUACGAAAGCUUUUUUUGUCUAAAGUAUGUUCGUGCGUUAAGCGUAUGUACAUACAUUAGAAAGAAAAAAAAAAAAAAAUAGAGGAUAUUACCA